UGGGACUGCGGUGGCGGCGCGGCCCGGGGCGCCAUGGGCGAGCUCCCGUUCCUCAGGGCGCACACAGCCUUGCACCCGGACCACCUGUGGAUCUGGGAGAGGUCCGUGUACGUGGACGAGAACCGGCGCACCUGGCUGCCCAUUACCAUCGAGACGGAGAGUAGCCUCCAGGUCCUCAUGCGUCAGGAGGAUGUGUCCCUGGGGGAGGCCAUGUGCCCCAGCCUGCUGGCCCCAUGCCCUCUGCCUUCCAUGUGGCAGCUCUACCCUGGAAGAAGAUACCGAGGCUCAGACUCGAGUUUCUGGCGCAUAGUGUACCACAUCGAGUUCAGUGGCAAGGAGGACAUGCUCCUGGAGCAGCUGCCAGACCCAGAGGGUGAGUGACCAGGUGGCACAGCUUCUGUCUCCUCCUGUCCCCGGAGUCCGAGUGCUGCUGGCCGGCGUGGGGAUGUUCGUGCUUGCGAUCACCUGCGUUUCCCGGGCCUGCGUGCUCUGUGUGGCCACUCCCCAGUCCGGGAGGGAGCAAGGGACCAAGGACAGCCCUCUGCAGGGCCUGCCGGGCCUGCCUGCUGCCCGCUCGCCCUCCCCCAGCAGACGGUACUGGAGAGGAGGCAGGCUGGUAGGGCUUGGUCCAGCUGCCCCAGCGCUAGCUGCUGUCCGGGUGUCUCCAUCCCCUGAUGGUGUUGGGCCUCUGUCUCCGUUCUACUGCUCUCAGUAACCAGUGUCCUGCACUGCGGCCCGUGCCUGCUUCUCACUCUGUUCCCUCAGCUCCGUGUGCCUCUGGCUGGAAGGGAAUGGGACCCAUGCACUUGAGCCGGGGCCAGGCCUUGGCACCCCCGAACCAGCUGUGACACAUGGCACAUGUCUGCACUUGACCGUAUCCCGCUGCCCAGGCACGCUGUGAUACGGUUCACAGGAAGGCCCAAGAGGAGCCCGGAUCCGUGCGCCGGACAGAGGAGCCCCUGAUCCACAGUCCACAGCUCUCGACCCAGCGGGAAGCCAAGUGAGCACUGCAGACGCCCCCAGGUGGCCCAUACGCAGAGGGACACAUGUUGGAGGGGCCCCUUCUUUGGAACAGUGCCCAUACACCUUGGUGUUACGAAGUUGUA